AUGAUGCGUUUUAUUUAUGGAGGGAAUCUAUUGGGUAGUGUGUUCUCUUUAAACCAUUUCCAAAUCGAACCAACCCAUGCUGAGUAUCCGAGGUAUCAACAAUACAGUUUGUUACGUGGUGAUUUGAUGAUUAAGAUCAGCAAUAACACACAAUUUAAUUGUUUGGCCGAUGCUAUCAUAUCAUGGUUUCCGGUUUUUCCAUUGGUUCCCUCGAUAAAAAGUUUAGUAGAGGAUCGGACAGAGAGAAAAAUGAUGAUCGACAUUGUUGGAAAAAUCAUCAAAGGCAAGCGAAACUAUUCCCGUUACUUUGGUUUACUGACAUUAACUUCGUUCACUUUAUAUCUUCAAGAUGGGCCUGAACAUUUUGAUAUCAACCUAAUUAAGCAACGUAGAGUUCCAACCGAGGAUGCCGAAAGCAUUUAA